AUGGCACUGGCUUCAGCAAACAUAGUUGCUGGAGCAAUUUGUUUUGUUGGAGUACAAGCGCUGGAUUUUAUUUGGACUUGGAAGGAUUUCUUAGUAGAACUGAUAGCUAGAGAAAGAGAAGAAGCUCUGAAACUUUACGCAAGUAGCUACAAGCCUCAAAGCCUUUCUAACUUCCAUGAGGAACACUUGGCAAGUCCAAUCAUCUUCCUUAGAAAAUGGAUGGGCGAGGGAUUUGUAAAUUCACUGGAUCUGCCUGCAGUUUUGCUUAUAUGGGAUCAGCUCUUCAUGCACAACUGGAAUCGUAAUGUAAUGGAAGGUUUCUGUCUCAUAUUGCUUAUGUUACUGAAAGAAUCUAUCAUGGCUGCCAGUGAUUUUCCUGCAAUCAGACAGAUAUUUUUGAGUGGGGGAUAUCGCUUAUUUACAGCUGAUAUCCAGAAAGCCUGGAUCCACCUACAACAAGGAGGAUUACUUGCUGAUGUCCCUGGCAUGAAUCGAUUAAGACAAAGGCGAGUCCGUGAACUGUCUCCAAGGCUCGAAGGCACAAUGGUUACUGAGAAUUUUCCUAAAAUUUUGCCUUUUGGUGUCAAAGAUAUUGUGCUGAAGAUCUUUCCAAGGGAUUACUCUGAGACAUCCUCAAAUACUUUUUUUAAAGAUUUUGAUCCAACUGAUUUAAUACUGACAUUAUCGGUGUAUUCUGGCCAUGUGAAGUUACAUUCCAAAACAAGUUCUGUGAAACCAAUUCUACUGGAACAGGUCAAUACAAAUGAAACCGUGAACAGAGAUAUCCAUCUGUUUCUGCUGAAGUAUAAUGACCUCUUUGAAUUUGAAUCUGUUGACCCAUCAGAUAAUACAAAUUAUACAGACACUGGAGGAAAGCCUUUUCUUGUAAUAAGGGCAUCUUACAGUGACAGAGCACAAGGUGUGCAUACAUUGGGAUGGACCAAAGUUGAUGCUUUUGAACAGAAAGCAGGGAGCAGAUAUCUCACAUGGAAACCCGUGGAGUUCUCAUCGCUCUUAUCAUUUCAUCCUGGGAAGGAGCCAGAUAAUAUUAAUGAGUGCACUUCAAGUAUCAGCGGAUCAGGAUCAAAUCAUUCAAGCAUUGAAUUUACAGUCUAUGAUCCAACAAAAGAUUAUAAAAGCAGCAGCAAUCAUAUGGAGGUAGAGAGCAGGAAAGAUAAUCUAUCCCCUGUACCUGCCUGGGUGAAGCAUAAUGAAUCAAGUGCAUUGCCACAUCCCACAACAAUUCAGGAGCCCUUUAACUUCUACAUUGAUGCUGUGCACUAUAUACCUGACUGUGCCACUAUAGUAAAGGUUUCUGCAAAAAUUCUAAAUUCUGGAACAAAAUCUGGAUCGGAAAUUGUGGCUUUCUCAAGCAUUUCCAGUUCAGCCCGAAAUCCUGUCUUUAAUUACUGCCAAAAACUGAACACUGAGGAUGGAAAACUAAAUGUUAAUACCUACGUUCUCUUUGAAGUGACUACAGUAGACCAAGAUUCUGGAAAUGUGGUUAUAAUUGGAAACUGCUUGCUUCGUGUGUUCAAUAAUGACGGAAAGCUCAAUGUUGGAGGAUUUCAACUAAAGCUCAGAACAGGUGUACCAAACAAAAAACUACAAAUCCUGGCACCUCCUGAUUUAGCCAUCUAUCCUGCUUUUCCAUGUUGUUCUCUCUUGGUUCGACUUCUGCCGCAUACACUGCACCCAGAGCCCAUGGCCAGCUAUAUAUCGGGCUACUACUUCACUGAUGAUGCCAAACCUACGAGGUCAGAGCUCCAGAUUAUAUCCACAUUUCAGGAGGAUGUCUUGUUUCCCAAGAGUGUAAAAGAUAUGGCAGAACAUUUAAUGGAGAAAGAGCAAAGCCAAGUGUCUGAAAGUCAGGUGCAGGACUGGUAUGAAACACGGUUAGGUGGUCAGAAGUCAUCCUGGGUACAGCCAUCAAUAGCUUAUUGCAACACGCUUAGUGUGGUACGAUAUAGACAGCAAACCGGUCUCCGUGUCCGAAUCAAACAAGCAUUUGGGUUAGAAGCAGAUGGUCUAUACGUCAAUGCGUUCGCUAGGAUCUUAAAGGGGCCACAGAGUAUGCAACUUCCAGAAUUACCACAAGGCUGGGGAGGAGAGGAAAAGCUGUUGACACAUCAGCAUGACUUCACAAGUCUACAGAGGUCACCGCAGUGGAUAGAUCCUUCAGUGGUUCUUCAUCCUUAUUUGGAUAUUAAUAGCGUGCUUCUUGUUCAAGUAUUUGGUAUGGCUGCUACAUACAUCCCUCAUCCCAGGAAUGAACAGCGUGGUCAAGUGAUAUCCAGUAAUGGACAAGAGAUUCAGCUUCAACCUCCAUUAGGAUGGACUGUUUUCCCGCUGUUUGACAGGCACUAUGUGAACAGUGGCAUCCACAGUGCUCCUCUCUUUCAAGGUCUUCCUAAUGCCGCAUUUCUACAGUCUGUAUCUGUGACUUCUCUGAAAGCAGCAAUCGAGGAGGGCUUGAAGAAAAAUACGAUAUCAAUCAACAAAAGUUAUGAAAGUAUAACAGUUGAAAUUUGGGAUGGGCAUUUUUUUGAUGAGGAACAUCCCUCUUUACCGGUUAUCAAUGACUUGCUCACAGUAAGCAAUAUGAAGAAAUUCAUGGCCACUCAGAUGAGUAAGAAAGGAAAACAAAUGUCUAUGCUGAUCAUAGAAAGUCUGGAUAAAAAACUGAGGAAAUUGCAAAGGAAUAGUCAAGAAUAUCAGCAGCACCAACUCUUUUAUGAAGAGGCAAUGGGAGAGAAGUUUUAUGAUCUUAUUGAGAUGGCCCUGCUGAAUGCUGGCUAUGGUCCUUUAUAACUCAUAUGUUGUACAACAGUACCUGGAACAAAGUAUAUUUUCUGAAUCACUGUACAUGGCGCUCCUAAUAAAAAAAAACUGUGGUGAC